AUGGAGCUACGGGCCAAGGACCCGAAUGCUCUAGUUACCACGUCGUAUAGCGAUUGUAUACAGUUGGCUGCCUGUGGAAGUAAGGAGACGCUGCCUAUGAAUCCGGAUUUACCGGCGGACCUGUUCACUUGCUGCUUGACGACCCCGAUCGAGAUAGCGAUUCGUUUUUUCGUGCUUCAGAACCCAUUGCCUUCAAAUUUGACAGUCGAACAGGCGAUGAAGAUUCCUGGCCGUCUCCAGGAGCGUAGAACGCCACUCGGCGAGCUCAAUUGGAUUUUCACUGCUAUCACUGAUACCAUUGCUUGGAACACCCUUCCUCGGCCCUUGUUUAAGAAACUCUUUAGACAGGACUUGAUGGUGGCAGCGUUGUUUAGGAAUUUUUUGCUAAGUCAGAGGAUUAUGAGGGUUCACCAAUGCCAUCCGAUCUCCUCACCCCCCCUACCAGAGACACACCAUCACCCGUUAUGGCAGUCGUGGGAUUUGGCGGUCGAAAUGGUGCUGGCGCAGUUACCGGCGUUGAAUAGAGCUACUGAUGGUGGCCCCGCAUACGAAUAUCAACAUUCUGGAUUCUUCACUGAGCAGCUCACAGCCUUCGAGGUUUAUCUUUCUCAGGGCGCGAUUGAUAGAAAGCCUCCAGAUCAGCUUCCAAUUGUGCUUCAAGUUUUGCUUAGUCAGGUGCAUCGUCUUAGAGCACUCAUUUUGCUCAGUAAAUUCCUCGAUUUGGGUCCCUGGGCUGUGAAUCUGGCAUUGAGCAUUGGUAUUUUCCCCUACGUGCUUAAGCUUUUGCAGUCGGCGGCGCAGGAAUUGAAGCCCGUGAUGGUGUUUAUUUGGGCGAGGAUAUUGGCCGUCGAUGCUUCCUGCCAGGCGGAUUUGUUGAAGGAUAAUGGGUACAGCUACUUCAUCCAGAUCCUCAGUCCAGCCUCUGGAAUCCCUGUCGGAAACGCAAGUGAACAUCGCGCUAUGUGUGCUUUUAUUCUCGCCAUGUUCUGCAGAGGAUUUCACCAGGGCCAGGUGGUCUGCAUGCCUCCGAAUGUUAUGGGCGCAUGUCUUGCCCACCUUGGAGACGAGAAUCCAUUGUUGAGGCAGUGGGCAUGUCUCUGCUUGUCACAACUUUGGCACGACUUUGCCGAGGCCAAGUGGCAAGGCAUCAGGGAGGGUGCACACUUAAGACUUUGUGAACUUGCUACGGACAACGUUCCGGAGGUCCGGGCGGCGGUAUUGUAUGCACUCACAAGUUUCUUAGGGAUCCCGGAGAUGAGCGAGGAGGUUGCAAAGAUUGAGCAGGAUGUUGCGGGGUCGCUCUUGAUAAUGACAGCCGAUGGAAGUAAUAUGGUUAGAAAGGAGUUGGUAAUAUUCCUCAGUAUGUUUGUCAAGAGGAAUGAAGGAAAGUUCUUGGUUGCGGCAUUCGAGCAGAUGGUCCAAGAGAGGGACGAUCUUACUGCAAAUGGUUCAGCUAAAAAGAAGGAUACUCUCGGCGCUAUUUCGCCUAAUACCAUUUUCUCAGCAAUAUGGCAAGCGUUGCUCAUGUUCUCCGUCGAUCCGUUCCCAGAGAUUGGUCAGGCUGCCCAGAUUGUUGUUGAUUAUGUCCACCUCGCACUUUUGCAGAGCCCACUUGGCCAGUAUGCCCAGGAUGUCAUUGAGGAGAUUUCCCGCGCCAAUCUGCGUAGCUUCAACCUUACUUUGCCCACCAAUUCGAUGCCCGAGAGCAAGCGUCCCAUGGCUUUGGGAUAUGCCAGUGGAGAGACGACACCUACUAAUUCUGCGCCCGCAACACCGAAGACAUUGAAGGGGAGCUGGUUAGCUAAUGGGAGCGCAGAGAGAAGCCCUGAAUGGAAUAGACCCCCAGACGCGAACGACCCACAGAGCUCGUCCACAAGCUAUCGCACUGCCAAGGAACCGAUUACUCGUAAUUUUCAUGCUAAAGGAGUUGACAAGAUUCCUAGUAUUCCGCUUAAAAGCCAGUUUAUGGAAUGGUCUAUUGAGUACUUCCGCGAGCCUCAAAUGAAACCGAAUGAGGCCGACGAGCCGGGCAGUGUUGAUUAUAACCAGCGUUUGUGGCGUAGAACGCGAAAUGACAGGAUUAUCAUCGACACACAGACUCAAAAGGAGCGGGCGAGCGCUUCAAGAUGGGAUCAUAAUAAGGGUGUUUUCAACAACGGGAGCCUUCCUAUGAGGUUGCUGUUUCAUCAGUUCGAGAGCCAUCUCAUAGCUGUGGAUGAAAAGGAUAGUGUAUCGGUAUGGGACUGGGCAAAGGGUGUGAAAACCAACCAUUUUUCGAAUGGCAAUCCUACCGGCACAAAGAUCACUGAGAUUAAGUUUCUUAAUGAGGACGAUGUUGCUCUAUUGAUGACUGGUAGCGGGGAGGGUGUCGUUCGUAUUUACCGGAAUUAUGAGAAUGACGGUGAAGUCGAGCUGGUCUCUAGCUGGAGAGCUCUUACCGAUCUGUUGCCUUCUAGGAGAAGCUCUGGGUUGGUUGCUGAAUGGCAGCAGGGAAGGGGGACAAUGCUCGUCGGAGGAGAUGUGAGGGUUAUCAGAGUCUGGGACGCACCGAGGGAGAUGUGCAUGAGUGAUAUCCCCGCACGCUCCGGGUCCUGCAUUACCAGCUUGACAUCUGAACAGGUUGCUGGCAACAUCUUUGUAGCUGGCUUCGGUGAUGGAGCAGUCAGGAUAUAUGAUCGCCGUCUGGCGCCUCGAGACUCGAUGGUGAAGGUUUGGAAACAACACAAAGCCUGGAUUGUAAAAGCGCACAUGCAACGAGGUGGCAUGCGUGAGUUGGUAUCUGGAAGUGCAACGGGCGAGGUCAAGCUCUGGGAUAUCCGCAUGGAUAAUCCGGUUAGGGGAUUCCUCGCACAUACAAAGGGAAUGAGAAGCUUGAGUGUUCAUGAGCAUGCUCCUAUCAUUGCAACUGGCUCAACCUGGCAUGAUGUGAAACUCUGGAAUACCUCUACUCCCAAGGACCUCCCACUCUCAACAAUAAAGCCCUACAGCAGCUUCCUACACCAGAACCGCAGCAAUCCCGUGACCGGACUCGCUUUCCACCCUCACCGGAUGAUGGUAGCCUGCUCCGGCGCUGGAGACAACCAUAUCAGUCUUUACAAUUGUGAUUCCAAAGGCGGGAUUUAGGGUCGCAGUCUAUAUAACUUGGCUUUUUUCCGUUUCACCAGCUUUGUUAGUCAUAAUCGUAAUAGCUUUUUAACGUGGGCAUCAAUUGACCGAGGCUUUAUCCGUUGGUUGGUUCCUUGAUCGAUUGGGACGGUGCUUUUUGAGGCGAGGGGGGGGGAAGGUGUGUAUUCUAGAUUAGUUGAGUAAUUAGGGAGGGGGAGCUGGACGGGAGUUUGGUGCUUUCUUUCUUAUAGUUACUUAAUGGGGGAUUUUUUAUUU